AUGUUGCCAUUCAUUCAUAAGCCUUUCGAGCUUCUCGCUUCGCGCAUCGGCGCAUCUCCAGACGAACUGAAGCUCGUCUUCUCGUUCCUCAUAUCAUACCCACUAGCCGGCUUGCUCAAACGAGUUCCCGACUCUAGGCCUGACCUCAAAAACCUCUUCAUAAUAAGUACCUCCACUUUCUAUCUGGUCGGCCUUUUCGACUUGUGGGAUGGAGUGCGCACUCUUGCCAUAGCCUCCGCCGGCAUCUACAGCAUUGCGAAGUACCUGCGCACUAGCCCAUUCAUGCCAUGGAUCGGCUUCACGUUUCUCAUGGGCCACAUGUCCAUAAGUCACAUCGCUCGUCAAGUAGCCAACAGCCCGUCUUCUGCCGAUAUCACUGGCGCCCAGAUGGUACUUCUGAUGAAGCUUAGCGGUUUCUGCUGGAACGUCGCCGAUGGUCAGCUACCGGACGACCAGGUAUCUGAUUACCAGAAAGAAAGAAGAUUGAUCGAACUUCCAAGUAUAAUGGACUAUGCUGGAUACGUACUAUUCUUCCCUUCGCUCUUCGCCGGACCUGCUUUCGACUAUACCGACUACCGCAAAUGGAUAGACACCACAAUGUUUGACCUUCCGGCCCAGGUCGACCCCUCAAAGAAGCCUCCUGUCAGGAAGAAGAGAAAGAUCCCUCGGAGUGGCACACCUGCUACUUUGAAAGCUGCUAGCGGCCUGGGGUGGAUUGCGCUCUUCAUGAUCCUCUCUGGUUACUUCCCAAUCACCUACUUAACGAGCCCUGCGUAUAUGGAUCAUGGGUUCUUCCACAGGGUCUGGAUUCUUCACAUGGUCGGGUUUACGGCCCGUUUGAAAUACUACGGAGUUUGGUGCUUGACCGAGGGCGCUUGUAUCUUGGCAGGCCUGGGCUAUAAUGGCGUUGAUCCUGUCACCGGCAAAGUGUCAUGGAACAGAUUACAAAACAUCAACCCCUGGGGUGUCGAGACAGCCCAAAAUACGCGCGCCUACCUUGGCAACUGGAAUAUCAACACCAACAACUGGCUGAGGAACUAUGUAUACCUCCGGGUCACGCCUGUUGGGAAAAAGCCUGGAUUCCGCGCAAGCCUUCUCACGUUCAGUACCAGUGCCCUCUGGCACGGCUUUUAUCCCGGCUAUUACAUGAGCUUCAUCCUCGCCAGCUUCAUCCAAACCGUAGCCAAGAACUAUCGCCGCUACUUUCGGGCUUUUUUCCUCGACGCGAGCAGCGGUGCGCCCACCUCCAACAAGGUCUACUAUGACAUCGUCUCGCUUUUCGUUACUCAGAUCGGCAUGUCCUUCGUUGUCAGCCCUUUCCUUGUGCUAGAGUUCUCCGGCUCGGUCCAGGUGUGGGCUCGUGUCUAUUUCUAUACCAUAGUCGGCACUGCGCUUUCCAUGGCCUUCUUUGCCUCUCCGGCAAAACAGAUCCUUCGCAAGCAACUCGAGGCACGUCAAGGCAAAGGCGGUGCCAAGCUGACCCGUACUCUGAGCUCAGACAGUCUUUCAGGCCGGGAACCGGUCUUGGGUGUGUCGGCCGACCCUCAGCGGGAGAUCGACGAGGCCAUGGAGGAAAUCAAAGCCGAGGUGGAAGCUAGACAAAGAAGCAAAGCUGCUUAA